GCCCCCGCCCCCCUGACGUCAGCCCCCGGCCGCCGCCCGCUCCGCACUCGGCUCGCGCCCUCCGGCCGAGAAGCAUGGGGCUGUCCGGGCUCGUCUGCGCCUUCCUGCUCGCCGCCUGCUGCAGUCGCCGCGCCGCCGGUGUGCCCGGAGAGGUGGAGCAGCCGGCCCCAGAGCUGGUGGAGGUGGAGGUGGGCAGCACAGCCCUUCUGAAGUGCGGCCCCUCUCAUUCCCGCGGCAACGUCAGCCACGUGGACUGGUUCUCGGUCCACAAGGAGAAGCCCACGCUCAUCUUCCGCGUGCGCCAGGGCCAGGGCCAGAGCGAACCUGGGGACUACCAGCACCGGCUCAGCCUCCAGGACAGGGGCACUACUCUGGCCCUAACACACGUCACCCCCCAUGACGAGCGCGUCUUCCUGUGCCAGGGCAAGCGCCCUCGGUCCCAGGAGCACCGUGUCCAGCUCCGGGUGUACAAAGCUCCGGAGGAGCCGAGUAUCCAAGUCAAUGCCUUGGGUAUUUCCGUGAACAGCAAGGAACCUGAAGAGGUUGCUACCUGUGUGGGGAGGAACGGGUACCCCAUUCCUCAGGUCAUCUGGUAUAAGAACGGCCAGCCCCUGAAGGAGGAGAAGAACCGAGUCCACAUACAGUCAUCCCAGAUCGUGGAGUCCAGUGGUUUGUACACCUUGCAGAGUGUUCUGAAGGCACAGCUGGUUAAGGAAGACAAAGAUGCCCAGUUUUACUGCGAGCUCAGCUACCGGCUGCCCAGUGGGAACCACAUGAAGGAAUCUAGGGAGGUCACUGUCCCUGUUUUCUACCCGGCAGAGAAAGUGUGGCUGGAAGUGGAGCCUGUGGGCCUGCUGAAGGAAGGGGACCGUGUGGAAAUCCGGUGUCUGGCUGAUGGCAACCCACCACCCCACUUCAGCAUCAGCAAGCAGAACCACAGCACCAGGGAGAUGGAGGAAGAGACCACCGACGACAAUGGCGUCCUGGUGCUGGAGCCCGCCCGGAAGGAGCACAGCGGGCUCUAUGAGUGCCAGGGCCUGGACCUGGAGACCACGGCGUCACUGCUGAGCGACCAGCAGGAGCUGCUGGUGAACUAUGUGUCCGCUGUCCGGGUGAGCCCUGCGGCCCCCGAGAGCCAGGAGGGCAGCAGCCUCACCCUGACGUGUGACGCAGAGAGCAGUCAGGCCCUGCAGUUCCAGUGGCUGAGAGAAAAGACAGGCGACGUGCUGGAAAAGGGGCCUGUGCUCCAAUUACACAACCUCAAAAGGGAGUCCGGGGGAGGCUACCGCUGCGUGGCAUCCGCACCCAGCGUGCCUGGCCUGAGUCGCACACAGCUUGUCAACGUGGCCAUUUUUGGAUCCCCAUGGAUGACAAUAAGGGAGAGGAAGAUGUGGGUGAAAGAGAACGAGGUGUUGAACCUGUCUUGCGAAGCGUCAGGACAUCCUCGGCCCGCCAUCUCCUGGAAUGUCGCCGGCACAGCAAGCGAGCAAGACCAAGAUCCGCAGACUGUCCUGAGCACCCUCACUGUCCCUGUGACCCCGGAGCUGCUGGAGACGGGUGCUGCAUGUGUGGCCUCCAACUCCCUGGGCAAAAACCGCACCGUCAUUUUCCUGGAGUUGGCCUCCAACAGGACCACCGGCCCCAGCACCUCCACGGCCAGGCCUCAUGGCAGGGCCAACAGCACUUCCACAGAGAGAAAGCUGCCAGAGCCUGAAAGCAGGGGUGUGGCCAUCGUGGCUGUGACCGUGUGUGUCCUGGUCCUCGCCGUGCUAGGCGCUGUCCUCUAUUUCUUCUACAAGAAGGGCAAACUGCCAUGCGGGCGAUCAGGCAAGCAAGAGAUCACACUGCCCCCGUCUCGUAAGAGCGAAUUUGUAGUUGAAGUUAAGUCAGAUAAGCUCCCAGAAGAGAUGGGCCUCCUACAGGGCAGCAACGGUGACAAGAGGGCUCCAGGAGACCAGGGAGAGAAAUACAUCGACCUGAGGCACUAGCCCGCUAGUCACACGGAGCUGCUCCCCUGCCCGGAACCUUUCCUGCUCCCUGCUUAUUCCGUUCCCCAGCACUCAGGAUGGCGCAGCCUCUGAGUGGCCCCCGAGAAGCCCCCUGCAGAGGGUGGGUGGCUGGGGCCAGAGCCCUCCCUGAGGCCCCUCUUCAGGGACCAUCCCACCACCGUGUCAAUUUGAGGGGCUCCCCCCAAGGAGGGGUCUCAUAUCCCAGGGUGCACAGUCGUUUCUUGCAGAACAUGGAUAUAAACACGGUCAUCUACCAGCAGCCUAAUUAGGUAGCCCAUUUCUCUCAUGCUGGGUUCCUGCCCCAAAGGCUGGCUUCAUCCUCCCAUGGCAUCACUGAAGUGAGGAUGUGCACAGCUUGGGCCGCCCUCCACCCUGCAGUGUUGCUCACACCAGUUCUGGAGAGACCCCAGCAACUGCCUGCCUGCCUGUUUCUGGACACUCCUUUCUCUGGGCAGAAGUCAGCAACUGGUGCCAUUCCUGAAAAGAUAACGCUGGGUGUACCUCAUGUCCCUGCAGUGAGAAAGCUGGGCACUGUUCUUCAGAGUUAAGGCCAUUGAGCCCAGGCCUCCUGCAUUCAUUUGGUUUCCACUGCCUUUUCAAGGGAUCAUGUAAGGCUGGAAGGUGGGGUUAGAAGACAAGGCACAGACUGUCUUUCGUGGAGUUUAAGGCCACGGUUAUACUAGCACCAAACACCUACAAACUUGAGCUAAUGGGCCUAGAUCCUAGCAGAAGGACCCUAAUGGGAGAAUGGUACUUAGGGGUGAGAAACAGGCUUGGCUGGAGCUUUGGGGCGAGUGUGUGUAUCUAUGCGUGUCUGUGGAUAUGUAUAUGGUUUUGUUAGGCUGUUAAUUUUGCAAAUUGUUUCCUUUAUAUAUAUAUAUAUAUAUAUAUGAGAAAUAAAGCUUAAUUGUCCCAGAA